GCUAUAUACUUGUCCAGCACAGGAAGUGGCGCUAUCGAGCACACAGCUAGACGUUUCAGUGCGGCGAGGAAGAAAGCAGCAAUGGGAACAUCAUCAAUAUUUUGAGCUUAAUCGAGGGUUUGUUGGUUCUGUUGAUUUCCAAGAUGAAGGUAAAGAUUAAGCAGUGGAAUGGUGUGGCAUCCUGGUUAUGGGUGGCCAACGAUGAGAACUGUGGCAUCUGUCGCGCGCCGUUCAAUGGUUGUUGUCCAGAUUGCAAGGUCCCAGGAGAUGACUGCCCGCUGGUCUGGGGUCAGUGCUCUCACUGUUUCCACAUGCACUGCAUCCUAAAGUGGCUAAACUCCCAGCAGGUGCAGCAGCAGUGCCCCAUGUGUCGUCAGGAAUGGAAAUUUAAGGAGCGAGACACCACCUGAGGAGAAUACAUCAAUUGCUUAAUCAAGUGCUUUUAUUUAUGUAUAUUUGUGUGUUUGCAUCAUAAAAUGUAUGUAGAACUGUGAAUAAAUAUCCCACUUAACAUUUUUAAA